AUGGAGGGGCCUCUGGCGGGAACUGGCGGUAAGGUGCGCACCAUUGGUACGAUGGCAACAAGCAACGGGGGGCACACCCCCGUGGUUCAACUGAGUGACACGUCAGCCGGAGACACGCCAGCGGGAGACACGCCAGCGGGAGACACGUCAGUGGGAGACACGUCACUGGGAGACACGUCAGUGGGUCAAGUAGACAGGCAAGCAGCAAACCAGGAGGCUCCCGGAUUGGCAGUGGGGAGCGCGCCGGUGAUCAAAGUCGCGUCGUCGACGCCGAAGGAGACGCUGACGGGGGAUCCGUUGGUGCUGUACCAAGUAUACAGCGGGUCGAGUCCUGGGUUUAAUUUGACGGAGACGUCGGGGUCCUCGGUUGUCAUUCCCUCUUGGGUGGGUGCAGUAGGGAGCUCGACGGAGUGUGCUGCGACGAAGCCGAAUCCGGUUUUCACUUUGCACGGUGGAAACCCCUCAUGGGUGACUGUGGCGGAGACGGAGUCGGUGCCCGGUUAUCCACUGGCGUUGCUCUCAUUAGCUCAAGGCAACUACGCGCUAGUCCAGGAAAGUUUCCCUGUUGCUGCACACUCCAGCUCGGUUACGACUAACGCGUGGACGACCACUUCUAUGAGUGCUGACACCAUCGGGCGUCUCUAUAACGGCACUAGCAUCCUUGUUGGCGGCAGUCUCGGCGCUUCUAAUCAGCAUGCGUUUCAGUACUUCGUCUCCGACUCCAAGCUUUGGGUCUAUGUCAGUGGCGACGACGCCGGAACGGCGACCAAGAAAGACGUGCACAUGGCCGUAUUGCCGGUAGGGACCUUGGCGCUCAAGUUAGGUGUUUAUUUGAAUGUAGCUUUAGUCGAGCACGACGGGUCUAAAUUCGCUUACGACCUGGAGGGAGCAUCCUGUGGUCAGAUGGCAACAUUCUUGAGCCUGGCCUGGACAGGGGCGACCAAACCCGAGGAGGGGUUGGACUGUACCGUGACGGCACCGGCCUUCAGUGAACGCAUUUACGUCGUUGCGCCUGAGGAGUGUGCCGCGUCGACCAAACUGGCACUCGCCGUAUUCACUUUCUCAAACUGCGACGCCGUGACGAAGGAACAAAUUAUCGAUCUCACAAGCAGCCAAGAUGCCCCUCUCGACCCAGACCCAUCACACCUCGGUUGGGUCGUACCCGUCAUCAUUAGCCUCGUACUCGUAGGCCUACUCGCCACCGGAUAUCUCAUGUUCAAACGUUUUCGAAUUCAGUCCGCCGAAGCUGACGCCGCGGCCGCCGCUGCCAACGCAUCUGGCAAUCGCGGCAGCGUGCCCGUUUACGAACGACCAUCUUCUCAACUUGCCAAUGUCAACUAG